UUAAAUCUAUUCCUGUUAUUACUCAUAACUCUGUACUUUGGUGUUUGCAUUCAUGAACCAAGACAAUCUAAGUAUCUUUCCUGUCAUACCCUUUAUUUUCCCAACAUUUUACUGCCAUCUACCCUACCCUUCAUAUAAUUUUAAUUUUUUAAUUACAUAAUUUCAAUAUGUUCAUUAUAUAUCUUAGUGCUGUCUGUAACAAAACUAUCAUUAUAUAUUAAACAGUAUAAUAGUAGCAGAGAGAGAGAGAGAGAGAGAGAGAGAGAGAGAUGGAAGGUGGUGAUCAGAACACAAAUGAAGUAUACAAAGAAUGCCUGAGAAAUCAUGCAGCAAGCCUGGGAAGCUAUGCCACAGAUGGAUGUGGAGAGUUCACACUUGACCAAGCCUCUCCUUCCACCCUCCAAUGCGCUGCGUGCGGCUGUCACCGGAAUUUUCACCGCAAAGUAACAUACAGCAGCAGCAGCAGCCGCCCUGACUCCACCGUUAUGGAAAUGAUGGAAUACGUGGAUGUGGGUAGGAGGCUGCCGGGAGAGAGAAGUAGCGGAAAGACAAAGAGAUUCAGGACAAAGUUUACUGCAGAACAGAAAGAGAAGAUGUUGGGAUUUGCAGAGAAGUUAGGUUGGAAGUUGCAGAGGAAAGAUGAAGAAGAUGAGGUAGAGAGAUUCUGUAGAGGAGUUGGAAUUAGUAGACAGGUUUUCAAAGUAUGGAUGCAUAAUCAUAAGAAUUCUUCAUCUUCUUCUUCUGCUGCUUCUACUGGGAAUGCUUCUUCCCUUACCACUCAGUAAGAGAUAGGAUUUCUUUUUCCAUUUUUGCUUCUUUUUCUUUAUUCUCUCUCUUAUUAAUGUAUUUUUUUUUAUAAUUUUAUUCUAUAUUUUUAGUUUCUUUAAUCUAAUUUAUGGGUUACUGAUUUCAAUUUAAAAUUUUCAGAGA